UUCCUCCAGCCUCCCAGCUGCACAAGUUACGCACGCAGUUGCUGAUUCCACCCCUUUUUGCCCCAGAUGGUCUCCUCCCCUCAUGAUGAGUGUAUGAGGGGCUUGUACAAGCUGUCGCUGGAGGGGGGGUGUCCACGUUUACAUUUAUCAUUAAUGGCGGCCACACACCGGUGACUAAUAAAAGUUACGGUUUCUUCUGAGGAGAAGUUUGCUGGUCAGAGACGGACGAGCUGUAUCCAGGUAUCAGGGAAUACUUUCCCUGCCCGCACACGCCCGCCCUGCCAGCUCCUGACCCGCGGGCGCCCGACACUCCACAUACUUUCCUCUAGUACCUCCCCCUCCCCGUGCUCACCUCCUUCUCUCCCCUCCGAGACAUCAUGGGUUCCAGGCACAGGACGGCCGCCGCUCCACCGGGGAUGCCAGUCAGUCGCUGGCCGGUACUGGCCUUGCAGGCCGCCUUUCUAGUCAGUUUUGUGACUUGUAACGACGCCCCGCCAGUGCCAGGGGACCAGCUGCACAUUAACAGGACCUCGGUGCCCGAGCUGUGCCCGCGCAGCGUCAAGGAGGGAGACUUCGUGCGGUACCACUAUCAUGGCACCUUCCCUGAUGGCACCAAGUUCGACUCCAGUUAUGACCGAGGUACAACCUAUAAUCUCUUUGUGGGUAAAGGACAGACCAUUGCAGGAAUGGACAAAGCACUGAUUGGAAUGUGUGUCAAUGAGAGGCGAUUAGUGAAGAUCCCCCCUAGUCUCGCUUAUGGGAGUGAAGGAAUGGCAGGUGUCAUCCCCCCGGAUGCGGUGCUUCACUUUGAUGUUCUUUUACUGGAUAUCUGGAACCCAGAAGACAAAAUGGAAAUAAAGACGUACUACAAACCAGAAAAUUGCGCGAGAACCGUUCAAGUGUCUGACUUCAUUCGCUACCACUACAAUGGAACCUUGCUUGAUGGCACACUCUUUGACUCCAGUCACAAUCGCAUGAAAAGCUACGACACCUAUGUGGGAAUUGGCUGGCUCAUCCCUGGGAUGGAUACUGGACUGCUUGGAAUGUGUGUGGGCGAAAAACGUAUAAUCACAGUCCCCCCUUUUCUCGCAUAUGGAGAAGAUGGUGAUGGUAAAGAUAUUCCCUCUCAGGCAAGUCUUGUCUUCGACGUAGUCUUACUGGACUUGCACAACCCAAAAGAUGGAAUCACUGUAGAAGUCCAGUACAUCCCAGAAGACUGUGAGAGGAAAACUCAGGCUGGUGACUACGUCCGGUACCAUUACAAUGGCACACUGCUGGAUGGCACAUUCUUCGACUCCAGUUACUCUCGAAACCACACUUAUAACACAUACAUUGGGAAAGGUUAUGUGAUCACUGGUAUGGAUGAAGGUUUGCUGGGUGUUUGCAAUGGAGAGAAGAGGCGAAUCACAAUCCCACCACAUCUCGCUUAUGGUGAAGAAGGAACAGGAAAAAUCCCAGGUUCUGCAGUGUUGGUUUUUGACAUCCACAUGAUCGAUUUCCACAACACGGAUGAUUCUGUGAGCAUUGUAUCAUAUUAUAAGCCAGAAAACUGCACUGUCCUGAGCAAGAAGGGGGACUACUUAAAGUAUCACUAUAAUGCAACACUUAUGGAUGGCACCAUGCUGGAUUCAACCCUCCAAUAUGGGAAAACAUACAACAUUGUCCUUGGAUCUGGACAGGUGAUAAUGGGGAUGGACAUAGGACUGCAGGACAUGUGUGUCGGAGAGAAACGCACAGUCGUUAUUCCUCCGCAUUUUGGUUAUGGAGAAGCCGGAGUAGAGGGAGAAGUACCAGGAAGUGCGGUCUUGAUAUUUAACAUUGAACUGCUGGAACUGAUACCAGGCCUGCCUGACGGUUACAUGUUUAUAUGGAAUGGAGAAGUGUCUCCCAAUCUCUUUGAAGAGAUCGAUAAAGACCAAAAUGGGGAGAUAUUUCUACAAGAGUUUACAGAAUAUAUCAAUGCCCAUGUUGAAUCAGGCAAAGGAAAACUAGCUCCUGGCUUUGAUCCUGCCAAGAUCAUAGAGAACAUGUUCAAAAACCAGGAUCGAAACGAGGACGGCAAAAUAACAGAAGCAGAAUUUAAAUUAAAAGAGCAAGAGGAUAAAGAAAGACAUGAUGAACUGUAAUCUGAGUUGGGGUUUGUGUCCAAUUGCACUGUGAACGCUUUAUGACAUGGUGACAAUGAUGUGAAUUGGGAGAUGGAUGGUUCGGGGGAAUUACAGUCACUGAAUGGAUUGCGGGAACACGGGCACCGCAUUCAACUUUCCAUAUGGAGUUACAACAUUAAUGUCUCAGGUCAAAUUCAGAAUGAAAAAAAAGUUAUAGAUUUUUUUUAUUUUUUACUGAUCUUGUCUAAAUAUCAUUUUAUACCAAAAAUACUGUGUGUCCCGAAAA